AUGGAGGGCACGUCACAAUGUGCGUUUGAGAGCUCCGUCAGCGAUGACGAAUUUGAAGACCUUUUGCAAGAUCAAAUUCCUGUGAGUUGGAAUGUCCGAGGUGAUUCUUCGAGAGAAGCGUUUGAUCAACCUGAGUGUGUCGCCGUCGGAGCCUUUGCCGUGGGGCUUGCGCAGCCACGGCAGCGGUUUACUAUGGACACAACUGGAUUGAACUUGUGCCACAUGGUGGGGACGAAUUCCACCACAGAGGAGGAGAGAGCAUCGGGCAACGUCGCGACCCUGGACGACCUCACCAAUGCCAAACACUUUGCGAGCACGCAUGUCCGCCUUUGGGGCGACUCUGAGGCGCCCACGCUUCGGCCAUCACUUGCGUUUGCAGGCCAGCGUAGGAAGGGGACCCUGUCGAAGAAGUUUUGGAAGCAGAGCGUGGCUUUUUAUCCGGCUGCGCGUGACAUGACGCGCAGAUGGCAGCCCGUCGACGCCGGACACGCGCAGCGCUACAAACAGUUGCUUGCGACAGCUGUGGAUGAUCUGCUUGACGAAGCGUUGUACCAGCAGUUCGAGGAUGGAAUCGCUACAGCACGUGACAAGCGAUGUAUGAGGAGGAGGCGUGUUGCACAAGCCUUCGAGGAGAUAGCGUCCGAGCGCUUCAACUCCGCCCGGCAGCGCUCUUGGGAGAAGACAGGUUUUUUGCUUGCGCGCGCGGCAGUUCAGCUCAGCAGCCACCAAAGGAAGACGUUUGAAGAUUUCAGCGUUGUUGUUCGCCUGCGGCGUGUGAAUCCGUGGUUCGUCGAGUGGUGGCUACAAUGGCCAGAGGGUGCGGAGCCUCCCCCGAGCGAAGACAUCUGCCAAAACUGCCCCGCCUUGCGACCAACCUGUCGGAGUACAGAGCUCAGCGCGAUCGUGUGUGAUCGCGGUGACUUUGUGCCACAGCUGCUGAAUCUCUUGCGCGGCGACGGGCAGGAGGCGCAGGAGACGGAGGAAAACCACCGCUGCGCUCCCGCGUACCUCUACAAGUAUGUCGUUCGCCUGCUCUUCAUGAUCUCCGAGCCCUUGCAGCACCUUCCGGACCCUCGCUUCAGCACCCAUCCGGCUUCCAAUCCGCACCUGCUCCCGCGCGCCACAGCGGCCGCCGAUCGCAUUGCGUUCGCCGAGGCGCUGACGGAGGAUCGCCUCAAGGAACUGAGACACCCUUGGCUCAAAGAGGAAGGUGUCGUGGUCGAGCCCGGGCUCGUUGCAGAUGUCUCUGAAGACAUGGACUGCCUCCGCAUGGUUGGCGGGGAAGUCCAGAAGCAGCCGGUGGCAGUGAGAUUCGUGGCCUGGGAGUACACGAAGAAUGACCAACGCAAGCUCUGCUAUCUCUUUGUCUGUCCUGAGGAGCCGGCGCUGAAGAAGGACGGCUGGCGAAAACCAGACCUCGUUGAUGCGGCGGGCUGGAUUACGCAUCCCCUGCGGCGCUGUUGCUGGCCAUGGCCGGAGGAAAUGGAGGGGAUUGGUCCCGUGGACGUCCGCAGCAUGUGCUGCGGAGACGUUCCCAUCUACAGGCGUAUGAUCCAAGAAGUUGCCAAGCCGGCUGGGCAAUUGCGUGAUGAGCUUGGUGCCAUGAAUGUCACAGACUAUCGCUCUUUCGUCUUGAAGGCGCUGGACUAUUUUGCUGACUGA